UAAUUUUUUUUUAAUUUGAAUGACUUCACACUACUUUGUUUUCUCGGGUUUUGAUGGCUUGUACAUGAGUUGAGAGACAUUAAAUUGGCUUAUUUGCAUGCUGUUUACAGGACACGUGUCUUGUUUUUGUUUGCAUAAAUUGAAAAAACCUGGUUUGCAAAGCUACACCAUGGAACGUCAGGUGCGAACAGCGAUAAUUUUGAUGCUAUUUUUCAUCAAUAUUUUGUCUAUUUGUGCUUCUUUGGACGACGAAUAUGGCGUAGAUCAUGACUUGGACAGAAAUGAUCCUAGUUAUAAGUAUAAAAUGCGAGAUUCAUGGAAAGCAUAUCUGGACAAGAUUAACAAGAGUGUUUCCACGUAUGAAGAUUGCUCAAACAUUAAUAGUGGUUGUUAUAAAAAAGUCAUUGAUAAUGAUUUGAAGCUUUGGAAAGAUAAAGGUGGGAUUACCAAAUCAAACUUCGAUAAAGCAAAGACAGAAACAAGAGGAACACAUUAUCAGAUUAUCAAUCAUAAGUUGUAUCGACAAAAUGAUUGUAUGUUUGAAGCUCGAUGUAAUGGUGUUGAACAUUUCAUUUUGAAAAUCAUUAAGAAAUUGCCAGAUAUGGAGAUGAUAAUCAAUGUUCAUGAUUAUCCACAAACAGCCAAAUGGAUGGAACCAGUUCCUGUAUUUUCAUUUAGCAAGACAAAGGAUGAAUAUGAUAUAAUGUAUCCAGCAUGGACAUUUUGGGAAGGAGGACCUGCAGUUUGGCCAAUAUAUCCUACUGGUUUAGGAAGAUGGGAUCUUAUGAGAAAAGACAUUGAAAAAAAAGCAAAGCAAUUCCCAUGGAAAAAGAAAGAACCCAAAGGGUUUUUUAGGGGAUCAAGGACAACUGAUGAACGGGAUCCACUAGUUUUACUCUCAAGAGAGGAUCCGAAAUUGGUUGAUGCACAGUACACCAAAAACCAAGCGUGGAAAUCUGACGCUGAUACAUUGCAUGCUCCAGCUGCCAAAGAAAUUCCUUUACAGGAUCACUGUCCAUACAAGUAUCUAUUCAAUUUUCGCGGUGUUGCAGCAAGUUUUCGUUACAAACAUCUUUUUCUCUGCGGAUCUCUUGUGUUUCAAGUUGGAGAUGAGUGGUUAGAGUUCUUCUAUACGGCUUUAAAACCAUGGGUUCAUUAUAUUCCAGUUAGAACAGAUCUCUCGGACGUAAGGGAUUUAAUCGAAUUUGCUCGAGCCAAUGACGAAGUUGUUCACGAAAUUGCUAAAAGGGGUGAGAAAUUUAUUUGGGAUCAUUUACGAAUGGAAGAUGUGCAAUCCUAUUGGUUACGAUUGCUAAAGAAGUACGCGGAACUUACUAAGUGGAAGCCACAGUUGAACAAGGAUUUUAAGAAAAUAAAAGAAAAAUCGACAUAGUAGUGUGUACUACUUUUAGUUCUGUAUCAUUCUUUCAUUAACAAUCAUACAACGAUAUUUAAUAAAAUCCAAUUUAGUAAUGCACAAAAGGAACGAAAAAGUGUCGUGAGUGUCCCAGGAGAAUUACAAACUUCACUGACUUUCUCACUUACAUCUGCCGCGUACUGAAAGUCAAUUAUGACCAAGAAACAAAAAGUAAUAGGAAGCAAGUCGUAAAUUCAUUUUGGAUUUCGUAUCAUGCUUGCAAAUACUGUACAUAAAUAUUAAUACGAAACAUUGUGAUACUAAACAGGUUUUGGUAUGCAGCCUAUGCUUUAGUUUUAUUGUAACUAUUUAUCCGUAUCACACUUGUGACUAAAAUGAUUAA